CCAAUGGCUAUUUCUUUGGACUCAGAAAAGGGUGGGAUUCCCUUGUAUAAUUCAACUUCUCGUUCGCAAUUCAAUUACAAAUGGUUUGCUAUCAAGUUGGCAGUUGUUUCAUUUUCCGUUGUUGGACUCUUUUACCAUCAAUUAAAUUUGACAAUUUGGUCUGAUCCUAGUGACCCUCAUCAUCCAGACCAUUUAUGUCCUCUUGUUGAUAAAGUAGACCCUUCCGAGUAUUUGUACUCGCCAGGUACUUUACAAAAAAUCUUACAUGAUGCUAAAUAUCAUAAUGAAUCAAGAGAACGAUUAUUAAAUGCCGUAAGGGUCCCAACUCAAGGUUAUGAUGACUUGAUUGACCCAAGAGAAGCUGACUCAUUGGACGACUUAUUCAAACGUGAACCCAGAUGGUCGCCUUUUGCUGACUUUCACAAAUACUUGGAGGAAACUUUCCCCUUGGUUCACGAAAACUUAAGAUUCGAUAAAGUUAACAAGCUUGGUCUUGUUUAUACUUGGGAAGGUACUGAUAAACUGAAAAAGCCAAUUUUAUUGACUGCCCACUAUGACGUAGUGCCAAUUCAACCCGAUACUCUCGACAAAUGGACUUUCCCUCCAUUUGAAGGUGGAUUUGAUGGUAAAUAUUUAUAUGGUAGAGGGGUUAGCGAUUGUAAAAACUUAUUAGUUGGGUUAUUAGAAACAGUUGAACUUCUCUUGAGUGAAAAGAAAUUCACUCCUGAAAGAACAAUCGUUUUGGCAUUUGGCUACGACGAAGAAUCCAAUGGACAAGGUGCUUUUGAAAUCUCAAAAUUCCUCUUGGAAAAAUAUGGUCCUGAUUCUUUCCUUCAACUUGUGGAUGAAGGAACUAAUGGGUUUGAAACCAUCGAAGGUACUAAAUUCAUCUUACCUGCUACUGGUGAAAAGGGUCACGUUGAUUCAAUCAUUUCCUUAUUUACUCCUGGUGGUCAUCUGAGUAUCCCUCCUGAUCAUACUGCAAUUGGUCUUCUUUCCAAAUUAAUUAGUAAUAUUGAAGAUGAACAAUUCCCCAGUCUUUUAACAAAUGCCAAUCCUGUUCUCAAUCAGCUUCAAUGUGUCGCUGAGCAUUCUACUUCCAUUGAUAAAUCUUUGAAGCGUGAUAUUUUGAAAUCUCAUCUCGAUAUUAACGCAAAUAAAAAAGUCAUUGAGUAUUUAUCCCAAGACUUAGCUUCAAAGUAUAUUAUCACCACCUCUCAAGCCUUUGAUAUUAUAAACGGAGGGGUAAAACUGAAUGCACUUCCUGAAAGUGCUUCAGUUCUUCUCAAUCACCGUGUUGCCAUUGAAGAACUGGUUUCCUCGACGGCCGAAAAAGUAUUACACCAAAUUGAAGACUUUGCUGCUAAAUACAAUUUGGGAGUCAUCUUCCAGGGCAAGGAAGUUGUACCUCCAACACCAAAAGGUUAUUUCAACUAUACUUUAAGAGGAUCUUUAGAACCGGCCCCGGUAACUCCUAAUGACGGCCAAAUUUGGAACCUUUUUGGUGGUUCUUUGCGUUAUUUAUAUGAGGAUUUGGUCUUCCCUGAUGACAACGAUACUUUUGUCUUUGCCCCUUUCCUUUCAACUGGUAACACCGACACCCAUUCAUAUUGGGAUUUGACCAGAAACAUCUUUAGAUACGAACCAGGACUCCCUACUCCAAACAGUAAUAUUCAUUCUGUUGAUGAAAAAAUGACUUUCGACGGUCACUUCCAUGUAAUUGCCUUCUAUUACUACUACUUACAAGUGAUAGACAAGCUCAAAGAGGCACCAAAAUAGCUUUAUAUAUAGAGUUUCUCUUCAAUAACUAAAAAUUAAAU